CGUCCUUUGAAUUAAACUAUUCCAAUACCCAUUUCUAUAACUUUCAAUUCUCGACAAUCGACGUCAAAAUUUGACAUUCAGCCAUCUGGGUUCAGUGUAACUCUCUUGAAUGUUACCGUCUUAUGCAUCUGUAUCCUCACCCAAGAUGAUGCCCAGGCAUCAAGCAACCGCAUAUUCAAAUGGAUAUCCUCGUAAGAGCGAUCCAUAUUCUAAGAGCGACACAUAUUCCAUAUCACCACAUAGGUUCGUGCGAAUCGAAUUGAUUAUUCAACUUGUCGCAACAAUUACGUUUGAUGUAGUUUACUAACAUACCUUAUUUCCAAUGUAGAUUCCAACCAAGGACGUCACCCCCAGCGCUGCGCCGUCGAAGGCAGCUCCUCGUUCGUUUGACUCUUGUCUUGGUAUUCGCAUUAGUAGUAGGACUAUUUAUAUGGCCCGGUGCCGCUGUCCUUCCAGUACUGUCUUUUGGCCUCAUCUCUUCCGGAGACGAUUUUCAACUCGAAACUGUUCGAUAUUACGAUCUCUCGAAUGUACAAGGGACUGCUAGAGGUUGGGAAAGAGAGGAGCGAAUCUUACUUUGCGCUCCCCUGCGAGAUGCCGAACCCCAUCUACCAAUGUUUUUCGGCCAUCUUCGUAACUUUACAUACCCACAUCAUCUUAUAGAUCUAGCAUUCUUAGUUUCCGAUUCUAAAGAUAAUACGCUAUCUCUACUCUCUCAACUUUUGGAGCAAUUACAAGCCGACCAGGACCCUAAACAACCAUAUGGAGAAAUAUCUAUCAUCGAAAAGGAUUUUGGUCAAAAGGUUAACCAGGAUGUGGAAAGUCGUCAUGGUUUUGCUGCCCAAGCAAGCCGUAGAAAACUGAUGGCACAAGCUAGAAAUUGGCUACUAAGCGCUGCAUUACGUCCUUAUCACAGCUGGGUCUACUGGAGAGAUGUUGAUGUCGAGACUGCACCGUUCACAAUUCUAGAAGAUCUUAUGCGCCACAAUAAGGAUGUCAUUGUACCUAGUGAGUGAAGGAGAACAGUUUCUAUGACUACUUGCUAAUAAAUUAUAGAUGUUUGGCGACCAUUGCCAGACUGGCUUGGAGGGGAGCAACCUUAUGAUUUGAACUCAUGGCAAGAGUCCGAAACAGCCUUAGCUUUAGCUGAUACUCUUGAUGAGGAUGCAGUUAUUGUCGAGGGAUAUGCGGAAUAUGCGACAUGGCGCCCUCAUUUGGCAUACUUGAGAGAUCCAUAUGGUGACCCUGACAUGGAAAUGGACAUUGAUGGUGUUGGGGGUGUCAGUAUUCUAGCCAAGGCCAAAGUUUUCAGAUCUGGUGUCCAUUUCCCUGCGUUUAGUUUUGAAAAGCAUGCCGAGACGGAAGGAUUUGGAAAGGUUCGAAAACCCUUUGACUGUUCCGUUUUGCAGAUGCUAACUCAAGGAAUAGAUGGCAAAGCGAAUGAAAUUUUCAGUUGUUGGUUUACCACAUUACACCAUUUGGCAUUUGUAUGAGCCAAGUGUUGAUGAUAUUCGUCACAUGGAGGUAAGUGGAGUCAUAAUUGGCUUUUUAACAACCACUAAUAAUUUUUAGGAAAUGGAACAAGAGCGUAUUGCUCGCGAGAACGAAGAAAAGGAGAAAGCUGAACGUACGAAGAAGAUGAAGGAUCAGUUUGAUGACCCAAGUCCACAAUGGGAGAAGGAUAAGAACGUUAUCGCGGAUGAGGCUUUAAAGGAGAAGAAGGAGAAGGAAAAAGCUGAAGCUCAAGCCAAAGAAGGCGAAGGUGCUGAAAAGGCUCCUGGUUCAAAGGUUGAAGAAAACAAGCCAAAGGACAAGGUAAGAUGCGAUACAUCUCCUAAAUAUCAAUAUGAUUGCUGACUGAUUUAGGUACAAUAAAGGGAUUGAUUGAGGGGCGUAACAAGGAAACUUGGGUAAUUGAGUGGCACACAUAGGUUCUUGACUGCGCCAGUGGUGUUGAUGAGGCUACGAGGAUCUUCAUACAUAAAAAAUUCACAUGUUGACAAGUUAUUUCUAUCUCAUCAAUUGAGAGAGAAAACAGCUUUCUCAAGCCUAAGUCGUAAAUACGGAAAUGGCCUUGCAGCACUUAAGUGUUAGGAGUGCAGUGUAAUCUAGGUUGGAGUUCAUGUAAAAACACACAGUAGUACUAUAGAAUUAAAUGAUUUAUUGAACAAACCAUAAUGCUGA